AGAGCAGAUGGCCAACACGCAGCUUUCAGGAGGCGCGGUCAUGGGACACCACCUUCCUCUUCUGUUGUUUCUGAGUUUGGAAGCGUGGUUUUCUUCUGCUUUUGGUCAGAACACGUGUGGUCAGUUCUCGUACCACCUUCACCAGGGCCUAGAUGACCAGACUUUCGACCAAGAUGCUUUACUGGUGAAAGUCUACACGGCUGAGAAAGCCUUGACGGAGUGUUCUUCCGACUGUUUCCGUCACCCAAGCUGCAACAUGUUUGUUCUGAACCCCACCUCAGGAGAAUGCAGGAGGUUCAAGCGGGCCUUCUUUGAUCUCACGCACGCCAUAUCCGCCCCAGGUUUCAAGUACUAUGCUGCCAAUUGCCUCUUCUACAAGUCUAGUGUGUGCCAGGAUGGGUUUUCCCUGUAUCCAGGCACAGGUCCAGCGGACUCCCACUGCUUCAGUGCUGGAGUCUGGGUACAACAGAGUGGAUCAAGCCAUGUGUGCAAACAAGAUGAGUGGAUCGACACGACGGAAAACAGUAUUCCCCUACCAGCGCCUAUUGUGCCCGGAGUAAUUAUCGACAUCCGGGGAUCCAAGAGCAGCAAUGUAGAGUAA